AUGGCUCUUCCGAUCGGCGUUACUGCCGCUGCAGCCUACAUCGACGCCAAAUACCACAUCACCAAAGACCUCAAAGGCCAACGCGUCCUGAAAGCUGCCGCGCGCGAUCUCGAGAAGAAUGCACAAGGCAGAGGCCAAUCUCUGUGGUACCAAUUCGAAGCCCAAGUACACCGCCUGCCCUCGACCGAAGAAUGCAUCUGGUCCCGAACCGGCUGCUACACCUGGGCCGAAACCUACGCGAACGCCUGCCGAUACGGCCAAUACCUCCGCCAGAAUGGAGUCGUUCCCGGGCAGCUCUUUGCCAUGUACAUGAUGAACCGGCCGGAGUUCCUCUUUGCACAUCUGGGUAGCUGGAGCAUAGGAAGCGCGCCGGCGUGGAUCAACUACAACCUCGCAGGCGAUGCGCUGGUGCACUGCUUGAAAGUCAGCGGCGCCAAGGUGCUGCUUGUGGAUGAAGACCAGGAGUGCAGAGACCGCAUCGAAGCUGUCAGGGAGAGGUUGGAGAGCGAGCUGGGCAUGACUGUACUGGUCUUGGACACCGGGUUGAAGGGAGAGAUAUCGAGGCUGGAACCUACUAAGCCUGAGGAUGAGCUUAGGGCGGGCAUGAAUGGAAAGUUCCCGCUCUUCCUGUUCUAUACAAGUGGCACAACUGGACACCCGAAAGCUUGCCCCUUCGAGACGCAAAGAGCCGUUGGUUUGACACAGCGUGUGGGUGCUAUGGGACUAAAAACAGGACCGAACGGCGAUAGGUGGUAUGUUUGCAUGCCGCUAUACCACGGUACGGGAGGCACGACGGCACUCGUCUGCAUGGUCACCGGCCUUACAUGCUGUAUCGGCACCAAGUUCUCUACAUCGAAAUUCUGGACCGACGUACGCGAUUCGAGAUCUACCGCCAUUGUCUACGUAGGAGAGACAGCUCGUUACCUUCUCAACGCCCCUCCUAGCGACCUCGACCGGAAACACAAUGUUAGAGCCAUGUUCGGCAAUGGUCUUCGUCCCGAUGUAUGGCAGCGCUUUGUCGAUCGCUUCGGCAUCGAGAUCGUCGGCGAGUUCUUCAACAGCACAGAGGGCGUCAUGGCGCUUUUCAAUGGCUCGCGUGGGCCUUUCACAGCAACUUCAGUUGGACACCAGGGUAUCAUCGAGCGCUGGCGCUCCCAUAACACUUACGUCCCAGUCGAGAUCGAUUUCGUAACCGGAGACCUCUUGCGCGAUCCUAAGACCGGAUUCUGCAAACGCAAGUCCUACGAGGAGGGCAGUGAGAUCCUCGUACAGAUGCCGAGCGAGCAAGCCUUUGUCGGCUACUGGAACAACCCGGAUGCUACUGAGAAACGCUUCGAACGCAAUGUUUUCAGGAAAGGCGACUUGUAUUACCGUACAGGCGACGCUCUCCGCCGCGACGCCGACGGCCGCUGGUUCUUCAUGGACCGCCUCGGCGACACCUUCCGCUGGAAGUCGGAGAACGUGAGCACAGCCGAAGUCAGCGAGGCACUUGGCUCUUUCCCCGGAAUUCAAGAAGCAAACGUCUAUGGUGUCGAAGUGCCUGGCUACGACGGCCGCGCAGGCUGUGCAGCCAUCUACAUCGACCCCGCACAUCUCGACUCGUUCAACUUCAACGCGCUCCUUGCUCACGCGAAGGAGAAGCUGCCGAAAUACGCAGUGCCUGUCUUCUUGAGGAUACAGAAACAGCAGACUACGAUGCACAACAAUAAGCAGAACAAGGUUCCGCUGAGAAACGACGGUAUUGAUCUGAGGAGGCUUAUGGAGAGGGCGGAUAAGGAGGCGAAGGAGCAAGGAAAGGAAGAGGCGGAAUACGAUACCAUGUACUGGCACCCGGCCGCUCUUGGAUCUGGCAAGGGCAAGAGUGACGGUGAUGAUGGAUACGUUGUAUUCACCAUGGCGGAUUGGGACUUGCUCAAGGGAAGUGUAGAUAUAGAGGGUGGUGCCAAGUUGUAA